AAAUACCUUUCUAGUAUACUUCAGGAACAGGAAGUUGAUUACUGAAGAAAUACGGAUGUAUUGAUAAAUUGACUCUUGUUUUACCUUACUAACGUUCGCCGUCAAGUUUCCAAAUGGCGAUGUCCGGCAGACUAGGAGGAGGAAGAAGACGGCUACCACCACUGUUACUGAGACACAAUAAUGAUCUUCAAGGCAUCACUAGUAACCGAUUCUCAAUAAGACUUCCCUCUUCUCGUAAAACUUUCCGUUUGAUCAUAAUCAGUCUUGCCUUCAUUGCUCUUUUUCCUCCCAUUUUCUUCCAUUUCAGACUCCGCCACUUCCAACAAAUGCAAUUGAGAAGGUGCGGUUGGUUGAGUAAUCCGCCUCUUGUUUGUGCACAUGGCGGUGAUUCGAUUAAUGCCUUUCCUAACACUAUGACUGCGUAUAAUUUAGCACUUCGUUCGCGAGCAGACUGUAUUGAGAUUGAUGUUUCCCGUUCUUUAGAUGGAGCUCUGUUUGCUCUUCAUGACAGGGAUUUGCAGCGGAUUUCUGGUAAUAAUACUUCUAAAGUGGGGUACCUAAAUAUGAAAGAGAUUAAAGAACUAAAUGUGUCUCACCAGUCUAUUGAGGAGUUUCAUGCUCAAAAAAUCCCAACUAUUGAAGAUGCUUUGAAGUCAGUAUCAGGUUCAGUUCGGCAGGUUAUUCUAGAUGCUAAGGUUGGGCCUCCAUCAUAUGAAAAGGGCCUUGCAAAGGAUAUUCUUUCUGCUGUUGCGAAAGCAGAGUGUAAGAAUUGCUUGGUUUGGGCUAAAAGUGACAGUUUAGCCAGGGAUGUAAUCAAACUAUCAUCUGAUGUAACGGUGGGCUAUAUUGUCAUGGUGGAUCCCAGUACAGGAAUUAGAACAAAUUUAUUGAGGAUGAAGGGAGCUGGGGUGGUCGGUGUUUAUCAUCCGUUGAUCGAUGAAAAGAUUGUGAGAAUUCUGCAUGGGCGAAACAAAAAGGUAUAUGCUUGGACUGUUGAUGAUGCGGAUUCAAUGCGAAGAAUGUUGUUCGAGCGUGUAGAUGCUGUCAUAACAAGUAACCCCAGUCUACUACAACAGCUUAUGCAUGAUAUCAGAACUCAAUGUCGUGAAGAAGGUUUUUCUUGGCAAAGGUGAUACCCAUUUUUUUAUUUUCCAAGUUUAUGGUUAUUACAGGAUUACUUUAUGUGGCCUUCAAGGUUCCAUUUGAUAUUUGGAUUCAAGUUCCCUCACGAAUUGAGUCUUCCAUUUUGUAAACCACUGUUUAAUUUAAUGUGUAUAGUUGGGCAAAAGUUAGUUUUUGGGUCAAUCAGAAUUUAUUUAUUUAUUUAUUAAAAUAUGGUUCUUCUGGGUAGAA